AUGUCUGCUCCCGCCGCCACAUUCAAGGUCGCCGACCUGUCCCUUGCCGCCUUUGGCCGCAAGGAGAUCGAGCUUGCCGAGAACGAGAUGCCUGGUCUCAUGUCCAUCCGCAAGAAGUACGCCGCCGACCAGCCCCUCGCUGGUGCCCGUAUUGCUGGCUGCCUGCACAUGACCAUCCAGACUGCCGUCCUCAUCGAGACCCUCACUGCCCUCGGUGCCGAGGUCACCUGGACCUCUUGCAACAUCUUCUCCACCCAGGACCACGCCGCUGCUGCCAUUGCUGCCGCCGGUGUCCCCGUCUUCGCCUGGAAGGGCGAGACCGAGGAGGAGUACAACUGGUGCUUGGAGCAGCAGCUCAGCGCCUUCAAGGAUGGCAAGAAGCUCAACCUCAUCCUCGACGACGGUGGUGACCUUACCCACCUUGUCCACGACAAGUACCCCGAGCAGCUCAAGGACUGCUACGGUGUCUCUGAGGAGACCACCACUGGUGUCCACCACCUCUACCGCAUGCUCAAGGAGGGCAAGCUGCUUGUUCCCUCCAUCAACGUCAACGACUCCGUCACCAAGAGCAAGUUCGACAACCUGUACGGCUGCCGCGAGUCCCUCAUCGACGGCAUCAAGCGUGCCACCGAUGUCAUGAUUGCUGGCAAGAUCGCCGUCGUCGCUGGCUUCGGUGAUGUCGGCAAGGGCUGUGCCCUCGCUCUCUCCGGCAUGGGUGCCCGCGUCCUCGUCACCGAGGUCGACCCCAUCAACGCCCUCCAGGCUUCCAUGGCUGGCUUCCAGGUCACCACCAUGGAGAAGGCUGCCUCCGUUGGCCAGAUCUUCGUCACCACCACCGGCUGCCGUGACAUCCUCGUUGGCGAGCACUUCAACGCCAUGCCCAACGAUGCCAUUGUUUGCAACAUUGGUCACUUCGACAUUGAGAUUGACGUCGCCUGGCUCAAGGCCAACGCUGCCAGCGUCCAGAACAUCAAGCCCCAGGUCGACCGUUACCUGAUGCCCAACGGCCGCCACAUCAUCCUUCUCGCCGAGGGCCGUCUUGUCAACCUUGGCUGCGCCACUGGUCACUCUUCCUUCGUCAUGUCCUGCUCUUUCAGCAACCAGGUCCUUGCCCAGAUCAUGCUGUACAAGGCCGAGGACAAGGCUUUCGGCGAGAAGUACGUCGCCUUUGCCAAGACUGGCAAGCUCGAUGUCGGUGUCUACGUCCUCCCCAAGAUUCUCGACGAGGAGGUUGCCAGACUCCACCUCGACCACGUCAACGUCGAGCUUACCAAGCUCACCAAGGUCCAGGGUGAGUACCUUGGCCUCGAUGUUGAGGGUCCCUUCAAGAGCGACCACUACCGCUACUAA